GAGGAAAAGCAGAAAUACUGAUACGCGGUUUUCAGCUGACUUGGCUUGUAGUGAAAACGAUAGGUUGGCUGCUCUUAAAUCUUGAUGGGAGCCCAAAUAAAUUACCCUCGGUGCACCGAUUAUUAACCUGACAAAAACCGACGCGUCAAUUUUUGAAAAAAAUGCCCCGGAGAAAGAGGACCACCGGCAGCAGCUCGGAUGGAACAGAGGACUCGGACUUCUCCGCCGAUCUCGAGCCCACCGAAAGUGUAGGAGGUGUGCAACGACGUAACAGCAAAAGACUGACGCGCACAUCCCUGCGUCUUAGCCAAAGUACACGAGAAAACUCUAGCAGAGCAAGAAGCACUUCUCCAGUACCAGUGGAGACAUCAGUCUCUUCGUUUUCCUCAAGACGCCGGAGCACACGCAGCCAGCAGGGGGCGACAAAGACCACAGCCAAAAAAUACCCACUACGUCAGGCCAGGUUUUCCGGCUCUGAUACAGAGGUUAACAAUGGCAUAAAGCAGACUGCAGACCAUGAUGAAACCCCUCCCCGCACACCGACCGGCAACGCACCAUCUUCAGAGUCAGAUAUUGAAACCACCAGCCCUGGGAAUGAACUAGUCUCUUCCAGCAAUGAUGUAGUCGUUUCUCAAGAGGAGGACGAGCGGUUGGCAAAGGAGCUUUCGCUUAAAGAGGCUGCUGCUCACGACCUUUCCCACAGGCCCAAACGACGGCGCUUUCACGAAAGCUACAACUUCAACAUGAAGUGUCCAACGCCUGGAUGCAACUCACUAGGUCACCUAACAGGGCGACAUGAGAGACAUUUCUCCAUAUCCGGCUGUCCUCUUUACCACAACCUUUCGGCUGAUGAAUGCAAGGGCAAGGCGUCAACUCGCGAGAAACAGGCCGACGAAAGGAUGCUGUCUCAUCAUCAUGAUGAGAAUAGACACUCCACAAGAAACCAGGCCCCAACAGAACGCCAGCUCCGCUACAAGGAGAAGGUGACUGAGCUGAGGAAGAAGAGAAAUGCCGGCCUCAAUAAAGAAGAGAAGGACAAGUACAUGGAUCAUCGCCAAAGCCAUGGGAUGACCCGGGAGCCCCUGCUUGAGAACAUCACCAGCGACUAUGACCUGGACUUGUUCAGGAAAGCGCAGGCACGUGCCUCGGAGGACCUUGAGAAGCUUCGUCUGGCUGGCCAGGUGUCGGAAGGGAGCAACAUGAUAAAGAUCAUUGUGUUCGGACGCUAUGAAUUGGACACGUGGUACCACUCACCGUACCCGGAGGAAUACGCCCGCUUGGGGAGGCUGUACAUGUGUGAAUUCUGCCUUAAGUACAUGAAGAGCCAGACCAUCUUACGCAGACAUAUGGCCAAGUGUGUUUGGAAACAUCCUCCAGGUGAUGAAAUCUAUCGAAAAAGCAACAUCUCAGUUUUUGAGGUUGAUGGGAAGAAAAAUAAGAUUUUCUGUCAGAACUUGUGUCUGCUGGCCAAACUCUUUCUAGACCACAAGACGUUGUAUUACGACGUUGAACCUUUCCUCUUUUAUGUCAUGACUGAUGUUGACAACACAGGGUGCCAUCUUGUGGGAUAUUUCUCCAAGGAAAAGAACUCUUUCCUAAACUACAAUGUAUCCUGCAUCCUUACCAUGCCACAAUACAUGAGGCAAGGUUAUGGCAAGAUGCUCAUAGACUUCAGUUACCUGUUGUCGAAGGUUGAGGACAAAGUGGGCUCACCAGAGCGACCCCUAUCCGACCUUGGCCUUAUCAGCUAUCGCAGUUACUGGAAAGAGGUGCUGCUGCGCUACCUGAACAACUUUCAGGGGAAGGAGAUCUCUAUCAAAGAGAUCAGCCAGGAGACAGCAGUGAACCCAGUGGACAUUGUCAGCACUCUGCAGUCGCUCCAGAUGCUGAAAUACUGGAAGGGCAAACACUUGGUUUUAAAACGACAGGAUCUUAUUGAUGACUGGAAAGCGAAAGAGCGCAAACGUGGAAACGGCAAGACCAUCGACCCUACAGCCUUGAAGUGGACACCGCCUAAAGGGACGUAGAAGAGUUUUUUUUCCCCUUACACUUCCACCCAAAAGCAGUCACAUCCUCUUCUGCACACUGGCAAACAAACACACACAAAAUAUUCACACUCUUACUGUUGUUCAAAAACGCUCCUAGCGGCUUUUAACAAAGUCAGAUAUUGUUCCGCCUCUCAGAUUCACUCCAAUUACAAAGAACAAUAUAUUUGUUGCCUCCUCGGCUUAUGCUUAUUAUUGUCCCAUAUUAAGGUCUCUGGUCUUCUCAUUAAAUGACUACCGGUCUGAAUAAGAACAUAUGAGAGAAUGCAGCAAGCAAUAAUGGUUAGAUGAUGCAUUAUCAUUUACAUGCUCAAUCUAGAUAUGGCAGAAAACACAGACAAGGCUGAAAAAUCAGUUUCUGCUCUUGCACCCCUCCUUAAAAUAAACUGCUGUAUUUGAAGCCAAAAGAACUGUUGCGUUUGAUAGAACAAUAUGUCUAUAUGCUGCCAUAGCAGAUUCAUGGAGUAUUAAGUCCCAGAACUAUUUUCAAUUUGUCCGUUUUACCCAGGAAACCCCCGUUUACAGACGUCGCGCAACCGCUUUUGUUUCAGCCUAGCCAUAAAAAGAAGGUAAGUAAUCAUAUUUAUCACUCAAAAUGUCUGACAUUUUUAGCUUAGAAUCAUUAAUUGAUGUCUAACAUUUCGUUUAAAAAAAAAAAAAAACGACUUUAAAAAAUUAUUUGCUCGCAUGUUUUAAAGUUUUACACAAAUGACGUCACAAUGAAAAAAUUGGCGUCUGUAACAAAGUCACGGAUAUCUACCUCAUAGCUAUCACUUAAUUGUAUUUUUUCUGUUAAUGUCGCAUUUUCCCCGAUAUUUUAGAUGAUAAAUAAUCGAUCCAAACAAAGAUUUUUUUUUUUAAAUGUUUAAAAGGGUAAAUAUAUGAAAAUGAAAAUCUCGAUUACUCCUUGACGUCUGCGAUUUCGGCUUCGCGACCCCUGUUAUAUUACCAUGUUUCACCCAUAAAAUCCAGCUGUGGCCAUUCACAUCUGUGUCUUGACACUCGAUACAUGCAAGAUGGAGUUUUUGGAUCGAAACAAGGUAAGUACGCGAUGAUAUCUCGUUAAAAUCAUGGCGUCUUUAAUUCUGCUCUCGCGUGUUCUCACCUCCAGUUAGGGUUUAGCUGUUUAAAAAAAUCUUUUUUUUUUUUUUUUUUCAAAAUGCCCUCCUGUUCAAAAUUUUUCUUCCCCCAGAAAAUUGACAUUUUAAGCUUUCCAAUGAUGUUUCACACGAGCAAAUCUGACAAUUUUGAAAUUUGGACAAAUUGGGGGUCUUAGAGCAGAACUUAAAGUCACCUGAGUGUUUUCCGCCAUAUCCUGAUUUCUCUGGCAUACAACGUGCACUAGUAUUGAUGGGUUCCUUUCCAAAACACAAUAAAUCCAUGAGGAUUAUUUUGAUUUGUAAGUCUUACGCAUUGUUUUGUCCUAGAAAGAAAACGUGUAGACUCAUUCUGAACAUGUUCAAAAAAUAUAAUAGUCUGCACCCAAUGAAUAAGAUGACAAGAUCGAUCUGUAUUGAGGAUGCAGGCGGGCAUUUUUUUUGUUUUUUUUUUGGAAAAGAGCACAUCAAUUUCACUUCGUUGUUGUGACAACACAAAGCAGGUAGAAUUAAAGAAUAUUCUUGAUAACAGUAAACAGGACCUAAAAUCGCCCUAACGGAGCUUUGAAUGGAAAAUACUUGAAAAAUGUUGGGGGGGGGGGGGCGUCUAUUUUGAAAACGACUCACUCCAAAAUUGGCCGGAUUGACAUCAAGCGAAUGUAGAUGCAGCAGCCAUUAACACAAUAAAACAAAAAAUAAUCGAUCUUGUUUAUUUGCAGUUGUGUAACAAACUAAUGCAUGCUGGGUAUUUAACCAAUGAUAUCUCACCGUAAACUGUAGCUGCCAUUGGCCUUAUUUGGACUUUUUUUUUUUUUUAUCAUCUAAGAAGGGACCUGCCUUGUGUUAUGUUUCUCCAUGUGGUCAACAGGGUGUAUGUAAGGAUUUUAUUUCCCCCCUCAGAGUUCCCAAAAUGUAAUCAUAUUCUACCUCCUAGGUUUCACCACUGUAUAAAUGUGGAAAUAUUCCAUGUUAAGAUUUUUUGUCCUCUUUGUUACUUUGUGAAAAUAUUUUGUGUAAAGCAUUUUUUUACUAGAGUUGUUGAAGAAAAAUGUUUUAUUUAUGUUUUAAGACUGUGUAAAGUUAAGAAAAAUGUUAGUUAAAGGAUGCUUCCAUGUUAAUAGAAAUAUUUAUGUAAAUAUAUUGGACAUUUCUUUGUUGCUACUGUAUGGAAAACUCAUUUGCAUUUUGAGUUUUAUCUGUGAUCAUCGAAGACUAAAUUUACACUGCAGGUUCAAGUCCAAGUCUAAAAAAAAUAAAAUAAAAAACCUAAUUGGCUGCAAUUGACAGAGAUAGAUGUCCAAUCCAUUUGAAGUGAGAGGACUGGCUGUCAAAUCUCACAGUUCAUUUGGAUUAGAUCGCUACUGAUGACUCCUUUACUCAAUUUACUCGGCUCAUUUAAAUUCAUAGCAGAAGGAUGAAAAGAGCAACAUUAUUGGACGUCUACCAUAGUCAAUGGCACUGAAAGUUUUAAAAAUAAUAAUAAGCCAUCGUCCUUUUUUCUUCUUUAAAAUAAAAUUUUUAAUUUUGAGUGAAGCGCUUAUAUUAAUGUGGUAUUUUUAAUCUAUGUAUUUAGCCUACACUUAUAUUGGUAGAUGUUAUACAUAUUAGAUUUUUAAUCAUAUUUGAAAUUUAAAAUUUUUAUUUAAUGUAAUAAUUAAAAUAUAUCAAACUUGUCCCACUUGAGAGCAGCAGUGCAACAUCACGGUGCGUAAAUCCAACUUAAAGCAACACUAAGUAACUUUUCAACCUUUAUAAAAUAUUUUCAUAACAUUUUUGAUAUGUCGACUGACAACUGGUUGAAUGGCACCUUUUUUAUAUCUUGAGGGGCUCUUUCACCGGCACUAAUUAACUUUGAGGAGGGUGGCAGGAACCAUGCCAGGCCAAUUUUCAUAAACUUAAAAUUCAAAUAUUUUCAAAAACAAAACAGGCACCCCCUUUAGGCAUACAUGAGUCUCCAUGAGCAGCGACAUAAAAAAUUUCAAAGUCGUUCCCUGAUAAAAUCACGAUUAUUUUUUUAUGCAAGUAUUAAAAAAAAACUUAAAAUGGCUAUAAAAUACUCAAAUUUAACGCUACAUGCACAAAAAGCCCCAAAAGCAGAGAUAAUCACCUAUAUUUUCAGGAUCAAUAGCAAUAUUUAACAUAAUAGCAAAACCAAAAUGGCAACUGCAUUUUUUUUCUACUGCCAAUAAAUCACCCAAUUUUCACAUCCCAAACUUAAUACUUGAGGAAAACAUGCAGAAUCAUCUUAAUUUUACGCAACAAAAGCAAAAUUAGCAUUUUUCUAUAUACAAUCACAACUUAUUUAGGUUGAAUUCAGCUAUUGUGUAGAGAUACAAAAUCCAACAUGGCGGCCGUCACGAAAACGUGGGCCAAAAAUUACCUGAUUAUUUGAUUGUAGUUACGCUAUUGUGUAUGGAUACAAAAUCCAACAUGGCAAUAACCACAAAACAAAGAGCUUUUUAAGUUUAAAAUUCAUGUAAAUAAAUGCUUAAAUCGCAGAAUUUCUAUAAGUAUGAAUGUAAAACAGUCUAGAUUCUUGGUUAAAAGCAAACAACGGGCAGUUAUCGUUCGUUUUACGUGAAUAUUUCAAGCAAAAGUUACGGUAUUGUGUAGUCCAAAAUGGCGGCAUCACGAAACAAAGAGCUUUUUAAGUUGAAAAUUCUUGUAUAUAAAUGCCUAAAUCGCGGAAUUUCUACAGAUAAGAAAGUAAAACAGUCUAGAUUCUUGGUUAAAAGUAAAAAACUGGCAGUUAUCGUUCAUUUUACACAAGUAUUUAAGCAAAAGUUACGGUGUUGUGUAAUCCAACAUGGCAGCCGUCACGAAACACAGAGCUUUUUAAGUUGAAAAUUCACGUAAAUAAAUGCUUAAAUCGCAGAAUUUCUAUAGAUAUGAACGUAAAACACUCUAGACCAGACAUGUCCAAAGUCCGGCCCGGGGGCCAAAUGCAGCCUGUAAUCAAAUUUCAUCCGGCCCCCAGCCUCUGUCAUAAAAUCAAUAAAGUCUGGCCCGCACACAGACUUAAUAAAUUCGUCAGCAGUACUGCUACCAGCAUAUGAAGUAGCUUACACACUAAAUGCUGCUCCUCAUUUACCCACUAAAAUGCAGCAGCACUCUAAACAACAUUACCCCAUGUGACCCUUUACUCCCAAUUUUCUAAAAUGGCGACAAUCAACAAAAAAAAAAAAGUUGACUGCGACGGCCGACGCUUCAAGGAUAGGUGGAAAUUGGACUAUUUCUUCAUUAGGAUACGCAACAACUGCAUCUGCCUCAUUUGCAAAAAGACGGUCGCUGUUUUUAAAGAGUUCAAUGUGAAGCGAUAUUGGCAAACAAGACACGCUGACACGUAUGACAAGAUUACAGGGAAUAUACAUAGCGAGAAAUUGAAGCAACUUGAAGCUAGUUUAAUUUCACAGCAGCAGUAUUUUGCAAGAGCCCGAGAGUCGAAAGAGAACGCCACCAAGGCUAGUUGCGAAAUUGUUGAAAUUAUUAGUUAAAAAAAAUAAAGCAAAUGCGACACAGAAUGGCUUGCUAAAAUUUGCUCAAAUAUAUUGUUCUACGUAAAGGACGUCAGCCAAGGUCGGCCCUCCACAUUUUUACCACACCAAAUCUGGCCCCCUUUACAAAAAGUUUGGACACCCCUGCUCUAGGCUCUUGGUUAAAAGCAAAAAACUGGGCAGUUAUCAUUCAUUUUACUUAAAUAUUUCAAGCCAAAGUUAAGCUGAUUUUUUUCCAUUCUUUUCAUUGUAUUCACAACAUUUCAAAGUGCACGCAUGUUGUGAAAAAUAUAAUAAUUACCUUGAAUCCUCCACCAAAUCACUCUUGAGACACUCCUGACUGCUUGCAUGCGGUAAGACAUUUGUCCUAUUUCCACUUAAAUUUCUGCAGUAGAACGCAGCGUGUGUUUGAGUUUAACACAGUGAAAGCCAACUCAACUUCUGCCUGGGUCUGGCUCCUUGUGGGAAGGCGUGGCGCAACAUCUGUAGGAGCUCUUUUCAACUGAUGGUGGAGUCUAUGGCUGACUGCUUUACGGCAUACGUCACUUUCCCCAUUCAUUAUAAAAACAGAGGUCGAAGCUAACGCUUUCAUGCGAAUUCUGCGAAGAUGGCAGAGCAACAAAAACAAAAAGUUUUGUCUGAGGAGGAAAAAGAAAGGGAGGAUAUAGAGAGUAAACAUUGGCCCAGCUUUCAAUCGUUGGCGUGAUGCCACACUAAGCCACACAGUUGCUAACCGCCAUAUGCUAUUGUUUAGCCACAACUGGAUUCAUUCCCUUAUUACUUUGAUGGUAUGGUAAUUUGAUGGUGAUGACACAGCCGCUGGGAACUGAAAUGUUGUUUAAUCUAUCUGCAGGCGACCAUCGUGAAUUUACGGCACGAUGUGGGUGUGCGCUAGUUCUCAUGGGAAACACAGUCUUCCUUAAGGCAAAAUACUACUUCUUUUUUCCAUUGGCAUCACUAAAAUCGACAAAACACUUAAGUUACAAAGUGUUGCUUUAAAGAGAAGUUUUAAUCAUGUCACUUGGCUUUGCGCGAUAAAUCGAUGUUAUGAAUUUGUAUUGCGUAUGAUUUAAACAAAAAUAAUUUUAUGUUGGGGGGUUUUCCCCAAAAGGAAAUCUAACAGUUAUUCAAUUGAUUAUUCCAUGAGAAAGCAUUGUUUUCUUGGUGAAGUUAUUGCUUUGUAUUUAGGGCCCGACAGCACCAAUAGGUGCAGACAAAAAGAUAUUUAAGACAGGUUUUGCACUUUAUUUACAUUUGUUAAACAUUUAAAAGUUUUUAAAGCCUUGAGGUGGUAAGAGACUAUUUUUGGUAAUUAAAGAAAACACGUAACCCUAUAACGACUUGACAUGGUAUAAAAGCAUGGCCUAAAUGACCCAAAAAGUGAUGUCCACAAAUGUUAACGCCAGAUCUUUAUUAUAUACACUGCUGACCAAAAGUAUUGGUAGCCCUGCAAUUCUGUCAGAUAAUGCUCAAUUUCUCCCAGAAAAUGAUUGUAAUUACAAAUGCUUUAGAAGUAAUAUCUUCAUUUAUUUUGCUUGCAAUGAACACAAAAGAGAAUGGGGGGGGAAAAUUGUUUUAGAUAAAACUCCAAAAAUGGGUCAGACAAAAAUAUUGGCACCUUUUGAUAAAUCGUGUGACGCUUCUCGAAUUUGUGUAAUUAACAGCACCUGUGGCACAUAACAGGUGGUGGCAAUAACUAAAUCACACGUGUAGCCAGUUAAAUGGAUUAAAGUUGACUCAACCUCUGUUCUGUGUCCUUGUGUGUACCAUAUUGAGCAUGGAGAAAAGAAAGAAGACCAAAGAACUGUCUGAGGACUUGAGAAGCAAAAUUGUGAGGAAGAAUGGGCAAUAUCAAGGCUACAAGACCUUAAUGUUCCUUUGUCUACCGUGCGCAGUGUCAUCAAUAAGUGUAAAGCCCAUGGCACUGUGGCUAACCUCCCUUGAUGUGGAUGGAAAAGAAACAUUGACGAGAGAUUUCAACUAAACAUAUUGCGGAUGGUGGAUAAAGAACCUCGACUAACAUGCAAACAAGUUUAAGCUGUCCUGCAGUCGGAGGGUACAACAGUUUCAACCCGGACUAUCCGUCGGCGUCUGAAUGAAAAGGGACUCUAUGGAAGGAUACCCAGGAACCCCACUUUUGACCCAGAGACAUAAAAAAAAGCCAGGCUGGAGUUUGCCUAAACUUACCUGAGAAAGCCAAAAUGUUUUGGAAGAAUGUUCUCUUGUCAGAUGAGACAAAAGUAGAGGUUUUUGGGAAAAGGCAUCAACAUAGAGUUUACAGGGAAAAAAAUGAGAUCUUCAAAGAAAAGAACACAAUCCCCACAGUCAAACAUGGUGGAGGUUCCUUGAUGUUUUGGGGUUGCUUUGCUACCUCUGGCACUGGACGGCUUGACCGUGUGCAUGGCAUUAUGAAGUCUGGAGACUUAACAACAAAUUUUGCGGCAUAAUGUAGGGCCUGGAGACUACCAACAAAUUUUGCAGCAUAAUGUAGGGCCCAGUGUGAGAAAGCUGGGUCUCCCUCAGCAGUCAUGGGUCUUCCAGCAGAGCAAUGACCCAAAACACACUUCAAAAAAAGCACUAGAAAAUGGUUUGAGAGAAAGCACUGGGGACUUCUAAAGUGUCCAGCAAUGAGUCCAGACAUGAAUCCUAUAGAACACCUGUGAAGAAAUCUGAAAAUGGCAGUUUGGAGAAGGCACCCUUCAAAUCUCAGAGACUUGAAGCAGUUGGCCAAAGAAGAAUUGUCUAAAAUUCCAGUAGAGCAUUGUAAGAAUCUAAUUGAUGAAUAUCGGAAGCGGUUGUUCGCAGUUAUUUUGUCUAAAGGUUGUGCUACCAAGUAUUAGGCUGAGGGUGCCAAUACUUUUGUCCAGCCCAUUUUUGUAGUUUUGUGUAAAAUGAUAUUGAUUUAAUUUUUUUUUCAUUCUCCUUUGUGUUUUUUCAUUGCAAGCAAAAUAAAUGAAGAUAUUACUAUCAAAGUAUUUGUAAUUGCAAUCAUUUUCUGGGAGAAAUUGAGCAUUAUCUGACAGAAUUGCAGGGGUGCCAAUACUUUUGGCCAGCAGUGUACAUAUAUAAAUAUGUUUUUAAAUCAACUAUUAUUUUUAUUUCUUGUACGAAUAAAUAUACUUAUAAAUAAUAAAGAUUGACAGCGCUACACCUCUAAUACACUUGGACUGGGAGGGAUGAAAGAACAUUGUUAUUGUCUCCUUUUAAAAAAAGUAGGUAAAUGGGAGGGCGAAUCAGAAAAAAAAAGAUUAGUCCAAUUUUUGGUGAAAAAAAAUCUGAGAUUAUAUUUUCAGGCUUUAUUGCCCAGCCCAAAUGUCAGUGUUAUAUAAAUUUGCAUUCUGGCAUAUUCCUGAAAUGUUUCACUCCCAUUUUAUGUUUUUGUAUAUAUUUUGUAUUUUUUGUCACUAUUUCAAUUACGCUCCACACAUUUUCACUGCUUCUGGAUGAAUUUACAGUACAUACCUUUGGACAAUUUGGAAAUGGGUUUUGAGUUUUACUAAAAACCAUAACAAGCAAGGAGUCAGCAGAGUAUAGCUCAGCUCUUCUGUUUCAAGUACCAGAUGCCAAACUAUGCUAACUUUUAGAGGUGAGAAAGUAGUGGAACCGUUUCUCUUUUGAGUAUUUUUGUGUUCAGAACAUGAAUUGUUUCUGUGCCUCUGAAUUAGGAACUAACGACUUGUUUAGUAUUAAGUAAGCCAAUGGCAGCUAUGGAUCAGAAGCUACAGAAACACUUUGCUUUGGGCAUUAACAGAUCUUGAGUGUACACCACCAGCGACGUAAUCCUGAAUCUCCAAACACUUUCCUCCGUAUACUAGCGACACAACGCAGCGACAGUGAAACAUAGUUUAGCAUCAAAAGUGUUGAUCUGUUGUGCUUUUGUGUUGUCUGGCUUUUGCUUCCUCUUCAAUAAAACAUCAAAGUUUCUGUGGCUUGAUGCUUGUAUUUCAGACUACAAUGGCAAUGAUGCAGAUACAGUCCCUGACAAGUCUUGUCGCUUUUCCAUUUUGUAGAAACAAUUGCUAAUAACAGCUAAGAUUUGUUGAUAUUUCAGACUAAUUAGCUCUCAGUGCAGACAAUUAAAAAACCGUGUGGCAUUUGCCAAGGCCCACAGCCUGUCAAAAGGAUGGAUGCUGGGAAAGUGGCAAAAGGUGGAUUUUUCAGAUGACUCUUCCAUUGAAUUACACCAUAGUCGCCACAAAUAUUGCAGGAGACCUACUGGAGCCCGCAUGGAUCCGAAAUUCACUCAGAAAAGAAUGAAUUUACAUCAUUACCAAAAUAAUGGUCUGGGGUUACAUCCAGUAUUAGGGUGUGCGAGAGAUCUGCAGGGUGGAAGGCAACAUAAAUAGUCUGAAAUAUCAACAAAUCUUAGCUGCCUCUUACAUUCCUAAUCAUAAAAAGGGACAACUUCUGCAGCAGGAUGGUCCUCCAUCAUAUACUUCAAUCUCUUCCUCAAAGCUCCACAAGGCAAACAAGAUCAAGAUCCUCCAGGACUGGCCAGCCCAGUCACCAGACAUGAACGUCAUUGAACAUGUCUGGGGUAGGAUGAAAGAGGAAGCAUGGAAGAUGAAACCCAAGAAUUUUGAUGAACUCUGGGAGGCAUGCAAGACUGCUUUCUUUGAUGUCCCUGAUGACUUCAUCAAUGAAUUGUAUGAAUCCUUGCCGAGGUCCAUGGAAGUCUUAGAAAAUAUUAAAUUUGGAUCUCACAGCACCACUACUUAAUUCGCUUAUGUUAUGUAUAACAUAUUUUUGUAUUUGAAGUACAUUUUUUGUUCAAUUUUCACACUACUUUCUGUAGGCGACAAAACUUAUCUUGCCAAAAUUUGACCUUUCUGUCUUCAUUAAAUGAUAAAUCUUUUUUCAGUGAAACAAAUAUAUUUUUGUACAUUCAACAUCAUUUGGGAGGGUUUUAGCUUUCAUUUGAGCCAUUUCUGAAACCAAUUGAAUAAUUAAAAGUCAGGUUAUUAAGGUUAAGCGACAAGACUUUUGUCAGGGACUGUACAAUAGAAGGUCGAAUUGAUAAUAUUUAAAGCAGUCGUUAUUUUUAUUUAUUUUGAAUGCA